GGAAACACGAGGGAAAGGAAAGAAGUGCUGCAGCAAAAUGGGUCCGGACGCAAAGAAACAGAAGUUGGAGGGGGUAGAUCACCUGCAGAAUGGCUUUCCCGUAACACGGUUCUUAGCCUGGUGUGAGAAGGUGGGACUGGAGCUGAACCCCAAGGUAUACAUUAGUACAGAGGGCACUGUAUCACAGUAUGGAAUGCUUGCACGUGAGGAUCUAGCAGAUGGGGAGCUGCUGUUUACUGUUCCUAGAUCUGCCAUCCUAUCCCAAAACACUACUAGGAUUCAGGAGCUGCUUGAGCAAGAACAGGAGAGUUUACAAAGCACCUCUGGCUGGGUUCCUCUUCUUAUCUCCCUUUUGUAUGAAGCAACAGACAGUUCUUCACUGUGGGCUCCAUACUUUGGUCUGUGGCCUGAACUGGAUCCUCCUGACAUGCCUAUGUUCUGGUCAGAAGAGGAGCAGACCAAAUUACUGCAGGGUACAGGCGUCCUGGAGGCAAUACGAAAUGAUCUUAAGAAUAUUGAAGAGGAAUAUAACUCCAUAGUCCUGCCUUUUAUUACAAGAAAUCCAGAAAAAUUUUGCCCCAUGAAACACACACUGGAUCUGUAUAAAAGGCUGGUGGCAUUUGUUAUGGCAUACAGUUUCCAAGAACCCCUGGAGGAAAAUGAUGAGGAGGAUGAAGAUGAGAAGGACAUUUUACCACCUAUGAUGGUGCCUGUGGCUGAUCUGUUAAACCAUGUGGCACACCACAAUGCACAUUUGGAAUUUACACCUGAGUGCCUUCGUAUGGUCACUACAAAAUCCGUGCAUGCAGGGCAAGAGCUAUUUAAUACAUAUGGAGAGAUGGCGAACUGGCAGUUGUUACACAUGUAUGGAUUCGCAGAACCUCACCCACAGAACUCCAAUGAAACAGCCGAUAUUCAGAUGGUAACCAUGCGAGAGGCUGCUUUGCAAGCUGCCCAGACAGAAGAUGAUCGAUUAGAGAUGCAGAAGAGGUGGGACUUCCUGUGCCACAUAGAGAUGGUGGGGGAGGAAGGAGCCUUUGUCUUUGGCCUUGAAGAGGUGAUGACUGAAGAGGAACUGAAAGUCUCUCUAAAGGUGCUCUGUAUGUCUAAGGAAGAGUUUGCAGAGUACAAGGAGAAUGAUGGCUGGGAGGAAGAUGAGGGUGAUGAUGAACAAACAUUAAUGAUCCAGGAAAUAUCACAUCUCCCCACCCCCUGGCGCAAACUUCUGCAUCUAAGUGCCAAACUUACUCUUAAAAAUUAUUCAACUGAACUAAGCAUGGAUGAAGCUUUGGUCAAUAACAUUACAGCCUAUGCAAAAUUGAGUUCUAGGGAGCAGCGCUCUCUUCAGGUGAAGUACGGGCAGAAAAGGAUAUUGCAUCAGCUGCUGGAGCUCACCAAGUCCUGAAAACCUGGAGCUACAGGAAAUUUCAUUGGUUAUGAAGUCUGCCAAGCAGGAAAUCAUCAAAGCACAUACACACAAUAUAUAUACACAACUCACUGUAACAUAUUUUAAGGCAAACCCAAUAAUCAAACUAUUUUAUUGCAAUUCAAACAAGCAAAACCUUAUAUUGGGUAGCCAUUGCACAAAAGUUGUUUUUUGUUUUUAUUUUAGCACCACACUGUUUGCCUCAUUAUAUAUUUGUACCUGGGUCUCACAAGUCAUUGUUUAUGGGGCCUAAUAAAUACUACUUAUCUAAA